GAUGGUGAUGAUGAAGAUGAGCAUACAAAAGCUGUGAUUUUGAGGCCACCGUGCAUCGCGCCGCCGCCGACGACGACCUCGACCCACUCACCUCGACUGCGACGCGUGGCGGCGGGAGGAGAGGAGAGGAGAGGGAUAUGGAGGGCGGCGGCGGGGAGAGGGCGGCGGGGGUGGUGCGGCGGCUGAUGGCGGCGAAGGCGGAGUCGCGGAAGAGCUUCUCGGAGAUCGGGGAGGAGGCGGGGCUGACCAACGUGUACGUGGCGCAGCUGCUGCGGCGGCAGGCGCAGCUGAAGCCGGAGACGGCGCCGGCGCUGCGGGCGGCCGUGCCGGGGCUCACCGACGACCUCGUCGCGCUCAUGAUGGAGCCGCCGUUCCGCUCCUACCACCCGGACAUCGUCCACGAGCCCGCCAUCUACAGAUUGAAUGAAGCUGUUAUGCAUUUUGGAGAGAGCAUCAAGGAAAUUAUCAAUGAGGAGUUUGGUGAUGGAAUCAUGUCAGCUAUAGACUUCUACUGUUCGGUUGACAAGGUACAAGGUGCUGAUGGAAAAGAUCGCGUGGUGGUCACAUUUGAUGGGAAAUAUCUUCCUUACAGUGAGCAGAGAUCUGAUCAUAUGAUGUCUAGGCUGACCCGCAAGACAUCUUGAGAUGGCUGGUGUUGUGGGAAAAAUGAUGUAUCAUCUGCUUCUGCUUGUGGAUUGAAUAGAAUCGAGCAUGUUUUUUACUCCCAAUAGUCGAUGAAAUAAACAUACUUUGUAAUGAUGUAUACAUGAAUAAAUUGUUUAAGCAGAGAUACAGUUCGAUGUCACCUUUACUACUUCUAUCAUUGAAUAAAGUUAAUAAACAACACAUGAAGUGUUAAAUUGCAUUUCAUUGUGUUGAACAGAAAA